UUUUUUUUUUUUUUUGGAGGAGGAGGAGGGAGGUUGCUGCUGCUGGUGCCAGCGUUUCCUCCUGCUGGAAGAUGAUGAAUACAUGAGGAGAGAGGCUCUGAGCUUGCUUCUGUGCUGCGGGAGUGUCUCUCUCUCCCUCCCUCCCUCUGCCUGCUUCUGUGUGAGUGUGUGUUUGGCUCCCUGGCUGUGUGUGCGUGUACACUGUGUAUAUAUAUCUGAGCUGGGAGGUUAUUGCAAGCUUCUCUCAGCAGCGCUGCUCUGUACAGGAAGAAGGGCUCAGCUGCAGUGGUAGCAUCAACAGCAGCAUUAGCGGCACCAACUGCUAUUUUUGCCUUUCUUCCUUCCUUUCAUCUCCAUCUCCCUUUCCCCUCCCACCCCACACGUCUUUUGGGGGAUUGCUUUUGAUUUUUUUUUUUUAAUUUUUCUCUUCUACAAUCCUUCUUAUUUCAUACUUCGUGGCUUUUUUCUUCUUCUUCUUCCCCCCCCCCCUUCCUCUGAGAAGAAGGGACAGACACACAGAGAAAUAAGGGAAAGAAAAGUACCGAGACUGAUCCUGCUGCUGCAAACCCAAAGAUAGCAGGUGAAGAGGGGGUUUGUCUUCUACCCCAAGGUAAAGCCCUGCCCCCUUUACCUCCUCGACACCUCCUCGACACCUCCUCUGAGAAGGAGAAGGAGAGAGAGAGAGAAAGGGCCAAAGUGGAGAAAAGCAGGUCUUCUGCGGCUGGCAUUUGGAGUACAGGGAGCCAGGAAGUGAAGGAUGGUUGUGGUUACCCGAGCUGGCUGCAGGGCAGCUCUCUUCCUCUGGAUUUUCAGCAGCAUUAGCUGCAGAGCCAGGACUGCUCUGCCUGCAUCUCAAAAGUGCGAUGAACCUCUGGUCUCAGCAUUACCCCAUUCCUCCUUCAGCAGUUCAUCAUCUAUGACAAGCAGCUAUGUGCCGGGUUACGCCAAGUUAAACAAGAGAGGAGGUGCGGGAGGUUGGUCUCCAUCAGACAGUGAUCAUUACCAAUGGCUGCAGGUGGAUUUUGGGAACCGGAAGCAGAUCAGUGCUAUUGCAACUCAAGGCAGGUACAGCAGUUCUGACUGGGUCACUCAAUAUCGGAUGCUCUAUAGUGAUACAGGGAGAAACUGGAAACCCUACCACCAAGAUGGAAAUAUCUGGGCAUUUCCUGGCAAUACAAACUCUGACAGUGUGGUCCGGCACGAUUUACAACAUCCCGUUAUUGCUCGCUAUGUAAGGAUAGUUCCUUUGGACUGGAGUGGAGAGGGCCAAAUUGGGUUAAGAAUUGAAGUCUAUGGCUGCUCCUAUUGGGCCGAUGUUAUCAAUUUUGAUGGCCACGUAGUGUUACCAUACAGAUUCAGGAACAAGAAAAUGAAAACACUGAAAGAUGUCAUCUCUCUGAAAUUUAAGACCUCUGAAAGCGAAGGUGUAAUCUUCCAUGGAGAAGGACAGCAAGGAGACUAUAUCACCUUGGAACUGAAGAAAGCCAAACUUGUUCUAAAUUUAAAUUUAGGCAGCAACCAGCUUGGAUCCAUUUAUGGUCACACAUCUGUGAUGACAGGCAGCCUCUUGGAUGAUCACCACUGGCACUCCAUCGUCAUAGAGCGCCACGGGAGAAACAUCAAUCUCACCCUGGACAGACACAUGCAGCACUUCAGAACCAAUGGAGAAUUUGAUUACCUGGACCUGGAUUAUGAGAUAACCUUUGGAGGCAUGCCUUUUUCUGGGAAGCCAAGUUCUAACAGUAGGAAAAAUUUCAAAGGCUGCAUGGAGAGCAUCAACUACAAUGGCAAUAAUAUAACUGACCUUGCCAAGAGGAAGAAAUUGGAACCUUCAAAUGUGGGAAAUUUAAGUUUUUCUUGUGUGGAGCCACAUACAGUGCCUGUCUUUUUCAAUGCCACCAGUUACCUUGAGGUUCCUGGUCGUCCAAGCCAGGAUCUGUUUUCGGUCAGUUUCCUUUUCCGAACCUGGAAUCCAAAUGGACUUCUUGUCUUCAGCAACUUUGCAGAUGACCUGGGAAAUGUUGAAAUUGACAUAAAUGAAGGCAAAGUUAGUGUCCACAUCAAUGUCACCCAAGUGAAGAAGAACCGGAUUGACAUCUCGUCGGGCUCUGGUCUCAAUGAUGGGCAGUGGCAUGAAGUUCGAUUCCUAGCUAAGGAAAAUUUUGCUAUCCUCACCAUUGAUGGAGAUGAAGCUUCAGCUGUUCGAACAAACAGUCCUCUACAAGUUAAGACUGGUGAUAAACAUUUCUUCGGAGGGUUUCCUGUACAGAUGAAUGACUCGGAUCACGCGCUACUUCAGCAUUCUUUUCAAGGAUGCAUGCAGUUUAUUCAUGUGGAUGAUCAGCUGGUGGAUUUGCACGCAGUGGAGCAAGGCCAGCUGGGAAGCUUUGCUAAUGUCACCAUUGACAUGUGUGCCAUUAUUGACAGGUGUGUGCCCAAUCACUGUGAACAUGGUGGAAAAUGCACCCAGACGUGGGACAGCUUCAAGUGCACUUGUGAUGGAACUGGAUACAGUGGCGCCACUUGUCAUAACUCUAUUCAUGAACUCUCUUGUGAAGCAUACAAGCACUUGGGCAAAACUUCAAAUUACUACUGGAUAGAUCCAGAUGGUAGUGGGGCACUGGGACCUUUGAAAGUUUACUGCAACAUGACAGAGGAUAAAGUAUGGACAACUGUGUACCAUGAUCUGCAAAUGCAGACUUCUGUGGGAGGCAACAGCCUGGAGAAGUUAUCUGUACUGCAGCUCAACUACAGUGCAACAAUGGACCAGAUUUCUGCCAUUACCAGUAGUGCUGAAUACUGUGAGCAGUUUAUCUCCUACUCUUGCAAGAUGUCCCGGCUGCUGAAUACACCAGAAGGGAAUCCAUAUACCUGGUGGGUUGGAAAAGCCAAUGAGAAGCACUACUAUUGGGGCGGAUCAGGACCUGGCAUUCAGAAAUGUGCUUGCGGCAUCGAACGCAACUGUACUGAUCCCAAGUACUACUGCAACUGUGAUGCUGAUUAUAAGCAAUGGAGAAAAGACAUUGGAAUGUUGUCAUACAAAGAGCACCUACCAGUGAGUCAGGUAGUCGUCGGAGACAUUGACCGGCCUGGAUCUGAAGCCAAGGUGUCUGUGGGUCCCGUGCGCUGUCAAGGAGAUCGGAAUUACUGGAAUGCAGCUUCUUUCAUUACUUCAUCGUCUUACCUCCACUUCUCCACCUUCCAAGGGGAAACCAGUGCAGACAUCUCCUUCUAUUUCAAAACAUCAGCCUCAGAUGGGGUUUUUCUUGAGAAUCUGGGUAACACUGACUUCAUCAAACUGGAGCUGAAAUCUGCUACAGAGGUCUCCUUUUCAUUCGAUGUCGGAAAUGGGCCAGUGGAAAUUGUCGUUAGAUCUCCCAGCCAGCUCAAUGAUGACCAGUGGCAUCGGGUCAAUGCCGAGAGGAAUGUCAAACAAGCCAGUCUGCAGGUAGACCAGUUACCCCUGGAGGUGCAGAAAGCACCCACAGAAGGACACACGCGACUGGAAUUGUACAGCCAGCUCUAUGUUGGUGCUGCAGGAGGCCAGCGAGGAUUCCUAGGCUGCAUUCGUUCAUUAAGGAUGAACGGGGUGACACUGGACCUAGAAGAGAGAGCAAAAGUCACGCCAGGGGUGAAGCCUGGCUGCUCUGGCCACUGCACGAGCUAUGGGAUGUACUGCGCAAAUGGCGGUAAAUGUGUCGAGAAAUACAACGGCUACUCUUGUGACUGCUCCAAAACUGCCUACGAUGGACCAUUUUGCAUUAAAGAUGUUGGAGCAUUUUUUGAAGAAGGAAUGUGGCUUCGUUAUAACUUCCACUCCCCAGGAACUAGCAUGAAGGAUUUAGUUAGCCGAACACUUUUGAGUUCUACAGAUCCUGAGAUCACAGCACCUGACCUCAACUUGAAUAAAGAAGAGCUCAGCUUCAGCUUCAGUACCACCAAGUCCCCUUGUGUCUUAUUGUACAUCAGCUCCUAUACCCAGGACUUCAUGGCUGUGCUUGUGAAGCCAACUGGGAAUCUGCAGAUUCGGUACAGCCUCGGAGGCACCAAAGAGCCAUAUAACAUUGAUAUUGACCACAGAAACAUGGCUAAUGGACAGCCCCACACUGUCAACAUCACGCGGAAUGGACGGGACAUCGUACUGCAACUUGAUCACUAUCCUCCAACAAGUUACAGCCUGCCAGCCGCAUCUGACAUUCAGUUCAAUUCCCCAAAGGCACUAUUCCUAGGAAAAGUUAUAGAAAUUGGGAAGAUUGACCAAGAUAUAUAUAAAUACAACACCCCAGGAUUCACGGGCUGUCUAUCAAGAGUACAGUUCAACCAGAUUGCUCCACUCAAAGCAGCUCUGAGACCUACCAACGCCUCCUCUCACGUUCACAUCAAAGGAGAACUGGUGGAAUCCAACUGCGGGGCAUCUCCCCUCACCAUCCCACCAAUGUCAGCUGCUACUGACCCAUGGCACUUAGACUCAGCAAGUGCUGAUUUCCCAUACAACGGUCAAGCUAUAGGAGAUGGAGUUAACAGAAACUCUGCUAUUAUUGGAGGCGUCAUCGCAGUGGUGAUCUUCACCAUCCUCUGCACCUUGGUGUUCCUGAUCCGCUACAUGUUUCGCCACAAGGGAACCUAUCACACCAACGAAGCCAAAGGGGCAGAGUCAGCUGAGAGCGCCGAUGCUGCCAUCAUGAACAAUGACCCCAACUUCACGGAGACCAUAGACGAGAGCAAGAAGGAAUGGCUCAUCUAAGCCUAUGGGGAUGGGGCCUGGGGUGGGAUAUGAGCUGGGCCAGGGUGGGACUGGGAUGACUCUUGCAGUGGAGAGAGAACACUGUGUGUUGGACGCUUGAGCACACAUAGGGUAAAAAGAUCAGCACAACUGGUGAAGCAAGUGACAGGAAAAUACCACUGAGACUGGAGAAAAAAAAAUAAUAUCUCAAGCAUUUAAGAAAAAAUAUUUUUUAAUAUUUAUUUACAGCAACUUGCCCCUUCUGUAUCCAAACGACUACAACAAAGAGCAGUUUUGCAGCUUCAGCACUGGUUAAAAUUUUCAGUAAUACCUGUCUAUUUCUGUGUGUGUUUAGAGAUGUUCUGGGUACUUGUGACAAGAAACGGGACUGGUUUUUUAUAUUUUUUAAAAGCUGUUUAAAAUGUGGGUAGUUCUGUCCUGAGAGCAAGUGGCAGCCCUUUUUUUUCAGCAUUGUGUUCCUUCAUGGCUGGCCACUUUCCCACAUGCUGCCCUCAGUCCCAUACCUUGACCAUAACACCAUUCAUUUUAGUGGUGUUGAUCUGGGAGUUCAGGGCUGGGGGUGGAACUGGGUCAUGAGGACUAAUGCAAAUCUUACUCCCUAGUUUCUCAACAUGUCAUCAGCCCACGUCAGCCCUGGCACGAUCCACCUUCUUGAUCCAGGCACUUUGUGGAUUGCGUGCAAUUCUCAUCAACAAUGUAAAAAUACUGUUAUUACAACUACUGUUACUACUAGAGAGGACGACCAUAAAGCACAGGAAGUUUUAGGGUUUUUUUUUUAUUAUUACUUUUUUGGUCUCUGAGGGAGGAUGAUGCUGUGUGAGUCUGUAGACCUAAUCUGUUCCUGUGUCUUUGGCUGUGGCACUGGUGACCUGAGGGAUGUGCCAGUUAAACUCGGCUCUGCCAGUGGCAUUUUGGCAUAUGCUGUACAUUGUAGUAGGGAAUUAGAACCAGACUUCGCUUCUGUUUCUUCUUAAUAGACUGUCAUAGAAUUAUUAGUGUAGGUCUAGUCAAUGCAUUUGAACACACAGGCUUCACGUCAUACUUUUUUCCCAACUCAAGAGUAGCAAUUUAUUCCUUAAAUCCCUUGUUUCAGUCCCUUUGCAAGGAAAGCCUCUGCUGCAGUGUUUGCACAGCCAGGAAGGUGAGGCAAAGGAGACUUGGAAACUCUGUCCCCAGAGCACAUAAGAAAUACUCAGCACACAGGGAAGACUUAUUUUUCAACACAGAGAUUUACCUGAACUAUUUUACUGUCUUUGUAAGGCAUUUUUAAGACUAGCAAUGCCAAGUGCAGCAUUGCAUCCCGUUUUCCCUCUCAGACCACAGAAGUUGCAGGUGUUGCCUGAGCAGUAGGCAGGCAGCUAGUAGGAAAGGCAAAGGGGCAGCCUGAAGACCUAGUAUCCUUUGGUGGCAAUAACAAAGCUUUAGCUUGCCCUCUGUAGAGGAGAGUGGUUCUCCUGUAGUCUGAAGGAAUGUAAGGCCUUAAUGGGCAGGUUUUGCAGUGGAACAGAAUGAAGGAAUGAAUACACUGCAGGACAACUGCCAUGUGUUAAAGGAACAGAAAUAAUACCAAGAAUUUCCCCUUAAAAGUUUUUAUGCUUGUGACAGUCCUAGAUUUGCUUUAGCUUUAAUAUGGCUGGGUUUAGUAUGCACAGAUUUAACCCAUUUUUCUGUACAAGAAGGAUUUAUUUUUCACCUAAAUGUGCAAUCUACUACACUUUCAUUAUUCUAGUUGAUGCUUCAAAACAAAAAAAAAAAAAAAAAAGAGAAAAAAAUUACAUAGGGGGAAGAAAAUAUUGGAGUCUUACCAGACAAGAAAUUGACAAGCACAAUUUGGCAGACAGACAAGGCCAAAUAGUUUGGGUUUUAAGGCUGGUAGACUAAAGUCCUCUUCUGGAUUCACUCAACAUAGAUAUGAGCCAAUCAAACUCAUUAAUUUCUUCCAUUUAUGAAUUUGGAAUUAGCAUACAAAGAAGUUGCCAGUUUCAAAAGAAACUACUGUUUCUCAGGUAACAUGUGGCAGAGAGGUUCAGGUAGGCAUAAAAAUUACCUCUGUCACUCUUGUGCUCUGCAGUGUUUUGCCUUGCCUCCAGUAUUAACCUCUCCCUCUUUUGUCUGUAAUCAAGCAGGUGAGUCCUUAUUCUUGUUUAAUCAUGGGUGUAAGAUAAGUCUUCACUCCUUGGAGAAUAUCAGCAGGGCAUGAAUCUACCUUGCACCACUAUUCAGCAAACUACGUAGCAAUCACGUGUCUUUGUAGAAUUGAAAAGGCAUUAUCUUUUCUAUAUUGCUUUAUAUUUAAUUUGAUUUUAGUGGUAUUUUAGUCCACUCUGUAAAACAUCCUUGCCUGCAACUUCAAGUUACCAAGAGAAGUGAAUAGAGUUUGCAUAGAUUGGGAUUUGGUUUGAAGUUUCCUUUUUUGACAUGUGAAAUUCAUUAGUGCUGUGUUUAAAUGUUGAUAAUCUUCACUCUUGUCUUAUUUUCGUGAUGCAGUCACUUUCAUGACUCUAGAAGCUUUUAAUUAUUAGAAUUCUUGUUUCUUCUUAAACUGGACCUUAGACAUGAUAUUAUCCAUUAGCAGCUGGUCUCUGUAUAGGCAUUUGGUGACUUUAGGUGAAUUUCUGCCUGUCUGCUUUGUAUUUCUUUUCUGAGAAUGGCAUGUGUUUAAUUAUAGGCAGACAUUCCGCAGCCUGGCAGUGAAGCAGGAGCAGGCUCAGAGAAGUAGCCUGUGUAUUUUGCUAGCACUAUAUCUAUUCUGAGGAUUUCUUCCUCUGCAAGCCUAUCACUAAAGGCUGAAAAAACAUCCACAGUUUAUUUCACCCACUCUUACUUGUGCCAAAAAUCCAUGUUGUUUAACAGGUGCUACCCUUACACCUGUAGUGGGAAAAUCUGUUGGAGGGGAGAGUGGGUCCUGCUUUUAUAAAACUCUGUACUUUCCCCAAAGAAUAUUAAAAUAAUCGGUCUUUUAUUACCAAUUUUUUAGCUGUUUCACCUAUUUGAACUGUGCAGAAAAAUGUAGCUUCUCGUACUUGUUUGGGAACCGAAGUGUCCCAGUUGUGUUUCUAAAAUGUUCACUGCUGAUUCCACAGGAAACGGUGACAAAACUGCUGCCAGCAGUGGAGAGAGCAAGAUUGGGCUGGAGAUUAGGGCUCUCAGUGUUAGUGAAAUAAUGUAAGCAAUAUUUUGGAUUCUCAUUCGCAGCACAUGCAGACCACAAGGUAAUGAGACAUGGAGCUGGAACAGUGGAGAACUUAUUUUCAUGUCAACCCAGCCUCAAGGGAAAUCUGCAAUACAGUCUGGUGGUUUUGAAUCAAGCCUUUCGCACACUACUUAUUCCAUAUUUACUGAUAGAAAAUUCAGAUGUAUUAAAUAGGCAUAUGUAUCUUAAAUUGGUACUGUAGCAUUUCUGCUUUGUAUUUUUUGUGUCUUAAAUGAUAUCUGUACCUUUUAUAUCUCUUCCAGCAGUUACCACUUCAAAGGUAUGGCAGCAUUUUAAUAUCAUGCUCUAGGUAGCAUGAUAAAUGUGAAAGAAUAGUCAUCAUAAAUAAUUUAGUAAGACUGCUGAAGCAGUGGUGUAUACAUAUAAGUUUAUUGUACCGAUAAAAAUUCAGUAUAAUUAAAACAGUGUCCUUUAACGACAGGUGCAUGUAAUUUCCAGGAUAUCUGUUGAAAUGUGAAGCUAUCCCAGUUUGACAAGCAAUAGCUUUUAAUAUGGUUUCUCCCAUGAAUGAUUUUACAUUCCAUCAAGCAUGGUCAUCCUGAAAGGGUGUCAUUUUUUAAAAGCGGAAUCUAAAUUACAUUAAUCAGAUGUCAUUUUCCAUCCUAGAGAAAUUAAAGAAACCUUGCCUUCUAAAAGCAAGAGCAUGUAAAUUAGAAUGAAAGAAGGACAACGUGUUUGUAUGCAUUAUAUCUUCCGUGAAUGUCUUUCCUUUUAACUAAAGUUCUAUUAGAAACCAGAUUAAUAAAUAAUGAAGGGGGGGCGAACAACAUUUUAAAUUGUUUUAAUCACCUAACAGCUGUUUCCUCAUGCUUUGUAUAUUCUGGUCAUUGUCUGAACUUUUUCCUUCUCUAGUACCAGGAAAUCAAUUUGGAAAGGACAGAAGUUGAAAAGGCCUCUUGAAAAAAGGCCCACAGUACAUGAAAAAAGGGACUUCAGAAUGCAGUUAUACAUAAGAAGAGAGGGUGCUAAAACUAGGGAAGAUUUAUUGAAGUAAUAUGUUCCACAUGUUAUGGAGUGUACAUCUGUACUUGUUGAGGUGGGCUGAGGGUCUGAGAGCAGGGUUUGGAUGGAAAUUAAAUGACUGCCUUUCUGCAUUUAUCCAUUUCUGAUCACUUUGCAGAUAGCAGCAAGCAGUCUGCUAUCUGUUCUGGUCACGUUUGUUAUUGCAGAUUCUGUGGCAUUGCCAGCUUCACAAGGGUUACAUACCACAAGUGACUGAGUGUGGGUUGUUUGCCUUCCUUUCCUACCUUAACUCUGUCCUUUCCUUUAUGAAUGAAAGCCUUUUAUUGAAAUCAACAAGAAAAAUGUAUGCCCGGCUCAACAGACUUGUGUCUGUUCCUUUUAAUAAACUACCUUAUCAGGCUUU